AUGACAACGGCCCUUAAUUCUGUCAUUGCGUCACCUACGGCCGUAACGGCGGCGACAGAUCCGUGUGCUGCCAUUGCUGGACAGACCUUCGUACCUGUAGCCAACGCGUUGGCUUGCCAGAAGUCUUUUCCUUUCAACGAAACGCUCCGGCAGAACGUGUUGUCGGUUGUCUCCCGCGUUUUCGAUUUUUAUACUUUCGAGGAUUAUUAUUUGGACUCUCCUCCGCCCUUCCAAGAGUCAACAACAAAUAUCCGGUCGGAGUUGGCCAGGAUUAACUCGACGGUGUACGAGACGGAUUAUGAGUUCAACCAGGAUCUCUACAAUUUCACCAAUCAACUGAAUGACGGCCACACAUUAUGGGAAUCCAACUGCUACUUCUUCAGCUGGGAAAACAUCCUCCCCACACCAAUCGUCGCCCUCUCGACCUCAGACGGAACGGACACCAGCAACCCUCCUAUUUUUGUCGCCCCCGAUACCGUAGCAUUCAUCGAACUCAUCGGCGAUCCCUUCACUUCCUUCUUCACCUCCAUCAACUUCGACUGGCAACGUCUCGCUGGUGCUCAAGUCACAUCCAUCGAGGGCAUGGACCCUUGGGAUCACGUCGAUAUGCUUGCGGAUACGGUGACGGGCGCGUAUCUGGACCACAACGUGAGGGUGAACAGCGUAUUUACUUCGUAUAGGCUUUCGGGCGACUCGUUCAGUCAAAGAUUUGGGGACUUCUCUGGGAGGUUGUUCUCGGAUGUAGAGGGGGUAACGAUGACGGUGAUACCGGUGAACGAGACGAAGGAAGAGACGGUGUUCGUGCCGUUCUUGUCUGUAUUUAUGGGUAAUGAUUUCACCGAUGCUGAUUCAUACUGGGCGAAUAACUGCGCUGCUGUUGACGGUACCAAUGGUAUCGACCGGCGUAUGCCCCCUUCGAACGGCCGCAGUAUAUCCAGCCCCACCAAACCACAACCCAUGGGUAUCUCCAAACCUUCCCCAGAAAACAUCGGCCUGCCAGAACCCUUCCAGCCCACUCUACCUCAACUCGGUGGUUCGGCCGGAGUCAUGAAGUCUUUCCUCCUUGAGGAUAAUCAGACGGGUGUCAUGUUCGUCGGGUCGUUUGAGGAUGACUUUUCCGAGUUUCAGAGCAAUACGCAGGCGGCGGUCACCGCGCUUCAGCAGGCGGGCGUGACGCGCGUUUUGAUUGACCUGACCAACAACAACGGAGGCUUUGUUCUAAUUUUGGUUACGCGCGAGUACCUCAAUCUAUCAUUUAUCGGCUACGAAAGCACGGUACGGGGAAAUGAGCUCGCCCAGAAACUCGUGGCCGCGAAUAUCGAGCUAGGACUCACUGAUGACCUGACGAACUAUGCUCCCAGUAACUACGCUUUCUUGAAUGACACGCCCUUCCUGGAUACUACCAACUACAUGAGCCCGUUGGUCCCGACGACAAUUAAUGGACAGAGUGAUCCGACUUCGCAGAGGCUUCAUGAUAUUUGCAACAAUCAAUUCACCGUACCGAUCCCUGAGGACCCACCCUUCGAUCUCGCAAACGUCGCCAUCGUGAGCAAUGGGAACUGUGCAUCUACGUGUGCUCAAUUUUCUACGAUCAUGACCGAGAGACACAAUACGACGCAGAUCGUGUUUGGAGGCAAGCCUGGAGAGAGUAUUGAGUUCAAGGGCAUGGCCGGAGAGCAGGUCCUGGAAUGGACGGAUUUGGACACGGAGAUUAAGACAGCGGGUCUGAAAGAUGAUCCCUUGGCCCCGCCUGACCUCCUUGUCUCUGCCGAUAUGCGACACAAUUGGAGGACAUGCUAUAGCUUCUUCGACGAAAGCACACCAAUCGCAUACUUCUCUGAGCAGCCGAAACUGCGUUUCUCGUAUACGGCGGAUACGUACAACAACCCUCAAAACGUUUGGACGUUUGCUGCGAGCAAGGCCUUUGACUGAGGUGACUUGCGAGCGUCGAGAAGAUAUUUAUUGGGACAUUGCUUGUUUUCCUAUGUGCUCUAUUUUGGGUUGACCGUCGUGCUCGCAGCCAGGCGUAUUUGCCGCUGCGGAUCAUACACAUGCUUUCGAUGAUUUCACCUCUAAUCCUUUUU